GUCUUUUUCUGUGUCACAUCCCUCCCAGCAUUCCCUAGCCAAGAGUGUUUUUUUGGUCAUACAACCUGGACAAACUGUCACAUAUGGCCUCGAAUCCUCACUGUUUUCCCAUGUCUUGUAAUAUUGCAUGGACAGGUCCAGUAACGUUGUGCCUAUUUGUGGCUGAGGUCGCUGAGGCCCUCCCAAUACCUAUGGUCCACACCCUGUUGGCGAGUGGAGCUUUCUGCUUUGGUCGGACUCAUGCCAUGAACUGAAACAACUUGACACCUACCUGCAUUGCAAGAGGGGUUGAGUGCCAAUCCAGGCUUCCAGAGAUGGUGUGUAGGUCUACCGGGUCUACCUUGGUCCACCUCCCCGACCUCUUCCACUCCAAGACAUACAAAACCAGAUCAAACACGUCCGCUACGUCCCACGUGGCCUGAUCGAACAAGUCUGCGGAUCCUGAAAGGGUGCGAGCUGCCACUGCUGGGCCAAAAACGCAUCUCUUUCGGAUGGACUGGCCGCCUCCACUUCGGACUUCCGGGGAUGAGAGAUCCUCGGGGAGUUCUCCUUCGAACACGAGGCCAUGAGAGACGAGCAUUGUCCCGCCUGCUUCGGGAUGCCCUCGAUGUUGCGUGGCCCGUCUUGCGCUUUGGACCACCACCCUUGCCAGCUCGGGCAUGCUAUCGCGUGCCCAUUGGUGCCUCCCGUGCCAGCUAUGGGGUCUGGGUCAAGGCGCACAAAGCUGUGUCCUUGGAGACUCACUUGAGCUCCAAGCGGAAGCUUCCGCGGUGUCCCAAGUGGGAUCAGACGGUCACCAAGUCCAGUGUGGGCUAUGGCAAUGUCCAUGAAGAUGGACUGUUAGAUGCUACCGUCUCCUGCGGCUUUUGGAAGGCCGUCCUCCGAUUGCUGCACUCCGACGCCGUUGGAGCUACUGCUCCCGGCCCUGGCUGCCUCUCGGUGUGCUUCGGCGGUAAGGAGCGUCGACUGGAGG